CAUGGAUGGACCGAACCACACAAAGCUUAUCGAUACUCUUUCAUUCGCAGGAAUCUGGAGCUGGCCGUCGAUGGGGUCGUAAUCCGAAGGGUAUGACCAGCAGAAUCUGAGCCACUAAUCUGGGUUCAUACCUGCGGCGAUGAGGAAGUGUUGAUGAUGUGGAGACGAGAUAGGAUGGAGGGUUCUGGCAAGCUCGAAGCCUUUCGAUCGAGGAUCUGACGGUGUCACGAACAAUGCUUAUUAUAGCCUUACUGGGAUCCAUCCCGCAACCUCCCCGCGUUUAUCCGGAUGUUGCCCUCAGUUGAUAGAAUUGGAGAAAUUGAAAGAGUGUCUGUGUGAUUGUGUUGCGAAGCUAUUCAGCGCGACGGCUGUGGAAAAUUGGAAAUCCUGUAACGAGUAGGGGCAAGAUGGCGUCUAGCUGCAGCCGUCAGCUUGCCGCAUUGUCCCUUGAUAGUAGAGUCACGGCUGCGCCAAAGGCGUUGAAGGUCGUAGGCCUAUCUUCGACUACUCUUACUCCUACAGUAAAGCCUUAUCUGAAACAAGCUCGCGAACCACUAAGCGCCUCCCUCCAGGUCGCAGCUCCUUUGAAGGUUAGAAGAAAUCAGAAGUGCGUCGUCUUCGCUCAAGCUGUCACAACUACCCCUGAAACCGAGGCUGAGGCUGAUGCUCCCGCCGUCCUGGAAGCUGCUGAGGAGGCUCCACCGGCCAAACCAAAAUCUAAGAAGCUGACGAAGGGUGUGAAACACAUCAUGCAGUAUCUAGAUGAGGAAGCUGUUAAGGCCGCAAAUGAAGAGAAGGUUAUUCCUGACAUCCGACCCGGAGACGUCAUUCAACUUAGAGUUGAAGUGCCAGAGAACAAGCGCAGGGUGUCCUUGCUGAGAGGCAUUGUUAUCUCUCGCCGUAACGCAGGCAUCAACACCACCUUCAGAAUCAGGAGAGUUAUUGCUGGAGUUGGAGUUGAGAUGGUUUUCCCACUAUACUCGCCGAACAUCAAGGAGAUUAAGGUGGUAGACAAGAGAAAGGUGCGGAGGGCGAAGCUCUUUUACUUGCGUGACAAGAUUGCCCGCAUGUCAUCUUGCUAAACAAUUCGUAGACAAUACUUCUCCCAGCAUAUAUUUUUUUCUCUUUCUUUUUAUCUUUUCUUUCUAUCUACGCAGAACAAUUACUUUCUCGUAGUGUAAGAAGUCGAGAGAAAUAUUCUGGCAAAGACUUUGCAUUCCUCAGGUGUUGCACCGGGUAGUCUGCUAUUGCGAUGAGGGUAGAUGAAUUUCCAUAUACAUGCCUCUACUUCCCUUAUUUCACUCUCUUUUUGGUCUUCGGUAGCGAAAUCGAUUUUGGUGGAGACCCUCAGCACUCUCUGUUACACUGUAAUCUACAUAGGAAAUGAAAUCCUGCGUCCCUCCUGAAGUAAUGCUCGCAACUGUUGUGCACCACAGCCCGAAUCAAUGCAUGUCUAAAUUAUACCAA